AUCAAACUCCUUCAAAAAUCUCCACGCAUCACAAGUGGGUCCCACAAUCCAUUUUUUUAAUUUUCUCUCUCCUCAAAAACUAAAUAACACCCACCUUUACAUUCACAUUCACCUCCCAAAAUGUUGUAGCUUUCUUUACUCACUUAUAAAAUCUCUGUCUUGCUGAUGAUCAUAGAGAGAGAAAGUGGCAGUUGAUUUGUGUUUUUAGAGAGAGAAGCUAAAAACUCAACUAACCCUCUUCAUUUUUCUCUCUUAAUCAUUAAUUGAGAUUGGAAUUUUUGGGGUUUAUUUCAUCAAACAUGUCUCCUCGUCAGGAAAAUGGAAAUGUUUCCUGUUCACCUCAUGAAAAUGGAACUUCAGAUUCACUUUCCCUAUUUUCGGAAAAGGCAGUACAAGAGAUUAGUCAGCAACCUCUUCAAGGAGAUGAUCAUCUUGUAGAGUUUUCUGAAGCUAUGAGAACUGUUGCAAAGGCACUGAGGCGUGCUGCAGAAGGAAAGGCUUCAGCUCAAGCCGAGGCAACUGAAUGGAAACGAAAAUUUGAGCUGGAGAAGUCAAGGAACCUGCAACUGGAACGCAAAGUGCUAUCAUCUGGGAACGAUUCUUGUGACCUUCCGAACAAGAGAACAGCAGACUUGGCUGACCAACCUGAUGCGUGUGUCCCAGCAAACGGGAAAAAUGGUCAUUGCUGCGGGGCAAAUGGAAUCUGCAAUCAUGAAGUUCUCCGGGAUGGGGAACCAACAUCAGAUUCUGAGUCUGUGAACAAAAAGAUAGUGAAGAAGGCGUCAUUCAAACUCUCAUGGAAUAGUGAAGGUGCAAAUGGAAAUCAAUAUAAGCAUGAUGUAGUCUCUUUUGACAGAGGAAACAUAACAACUACUGAGCGCAGUAGCAAGCAGAUAUUUCUCAAGUGGGAGACUGAUCCCAAGACUGUUCUUGUUUUGUCCAAGCCAAAUUCGACUUCUGUUCGUCUUCUAUGCUCUGAACUUGUCAGAUGGUUGAAAGAGCAGAAGAAGUUAGACAUAUAUGUGGAACCACGAGUUCGAUCUGAACUCUUAGACGAAUCAUCUUCCUUCAACUUUGUUCAGACAUGGAAGGAUGACGAGGAGGUCUUGCUCUUACAUACAAAAGUUGAUCUGGUCGUGACUCUUGGUGGAGAUGGAACUGUACUUUGGGCUGCUUCGUUGUUCAAAGGACCAGUUCCUCCUGUAGUUCCAUAUUCUAUGGGAUCCCUGGGCUUCAUGACUCCAUUUUAUAGUGAGCAAUAUAAGGAAUCACUCGAUUCGGUGCUUCAGGGGCCCAUCAGUAUCACAUUACGACACAGGUUGCAGUGCCAUGUAAUUAGGGAGUCGGCAAAACAUGAAUAUGAUACGGAGGAGCCAAUUCUCGUUCUAAAUGAAGUCACUAUUGAUCGAGGGAUAUCGUCAUAUCUCACAAAUCUAGAAUGCUACUGUGACAACACCUUUGUGACAUGUGUUCAAGGAGAUGGUUUAAUUUUAUCCACCACUUCUGGAAGCACUGCAUACUCAUUGGCAGCUGGAGGAUCAAUGGUCCAUCCACAGGUUCCUGGAAUUUUAUUCACACCAAUCUGUCCCCACUCUCUGUCCUUUCGGCCUUUGAUAUUGCCAGAGCACGUAACAUUGAGAGUGCAAGUACCAUUCAACAGCAGAACUGCAUGGGCGUCAUUUGAUGGCAAAGAUAGAAAACAGUUGGCUCCUGGUGAUGCACUUAUAUGCAGCAUGGCUCCUUGGCCUGUGCCAACUGCAUGCCAAGUUGAUUCCACCAGUGAUUUCUUGCGCAGUAUUCAUGAAGGCCUGCAUUGGAAUCUAAGAAAGACGCAGUCGUUUGACGGUCCUAAUCUUGGUACUUGAUACUUCACAUCUACAAAGUGUUUUUAGUUUACCAAAGACGCCUGAUUUCAUGUCACAUAUCUAGAUCAGAGAUUCCUUCGUAUAAAUGGGUGGAAUAUAUAGUAUUCAUGCCACAAAUUGUAGGUGAGCAGUUGUGUAAUCUAUAAUAUUGAUGUUGAUGAAAUAUGGACCAACAUAGGAUGUAUUUUACCUUACAUGUAUGAUGUAUACCAUUUGCACAAAGUGCAAGUAUGAAGUAACACAUGUUAUUGUCUUAUAUAAUUGUUUUAUUUGUUGUUGUAAAUGUAAAACCUAACAAGAAUUGUUUAACCUCACUGAGUUGCUUGGAAUUUUAGAGUAUAUUGUAUUAUUGGACAAUUCAACCAUACAAAACAUUGUAUACAAAAUCAACAUAGAUUUUAAUGAUUGGAAA